AUGAAGAAGACUAACAUAUCGAACCUACUGCAAUCCAUUUCCUUGCUUGCUACUCUGAGAGUGGUCGUUAAUGUUUCAGGGCAAACAACGUGUAAUGGCGGCCUGGGUCGAGUCGUUUACGAGAGACUUCCGGACCAACAGCUUCAGGGUUUCGACGAAGAUGUGGUACGAGACUCUGCACCACCGUUUAGGGUCUUGGAAAAAUGUCAGGAAUUAUGUCUACGUGAUAGAACGGCAACGAACAAUUUAGUUCACGCUUGCACGAGCUUCGAUUUCCAGCCAGGCAGCAGAAUAGCUUCUUUCAGCGGGGCAGCUGAAUACGAAGAAAGUACUUGCUAUUUAACGAGGGAGCAGGCACAGCCAGAAGGAAUCGGAAAUCUAAUGCUGGUGCCAAACAGCGUUCAUUUCACCGAAGUUUGUCUUGGCUCUGACAGGAUAGAAAGAGAAUGUCCAAAUAGGCGUUACGUUUUCGAGAGACACCCCAGAAAGAAGUUGAAGUUGCCAUUGACGGAUAUCAAGGAAGUUAGCGCAGCGAAUAGAACAGAUUGCGAGGACAGAUGCCUGAACGAGUUCAGCUUCAUCUGUCGAUCCGCGACCUACGACACUACUUUGAGAAGCUGUGCUCUGAGUCGAUUCACCAGAAGAACACAUCCUGAAUUAUUGGAGGACGAUCCAAAUUCUGAUUACCUUGAAAACACUUGUUUAAAUGCAGAACGUCGUUGCGAUGGAUUAGCUGUGUUCGUCAAAGAGGAAAACAAGCGCCUUCGAGGGCCAUUCGAAGUCGAUAUCUAUACGAAUCUCACCCUAGACGAGUGCCAAGCCCUUUGUCUCAGAGCAGAGAAAUAUUUCUGUCGAAGCGUGGAGUUCGAUGAGCAAACGCGUCAGUGUGUCAUUUCCGAAGAAGACUCCGUCUCUCAGAAAGACGAUAUUGGAAUAAGCAGCAGCCCCAGCCAUCAUUUUUACGACUUGGUUUGUUUGGACAAUCACCCGCCCAUAGCACGUGGCUCUGAGUACCCGGACAGCAGCUCCACAUCACACCUUUUUUCCGACGGACGACGUCCUGACACCGCGUUCCAGCGUUAUCGGAACUCCAGAUUGAGCGGCGAAUUUCAUUCAGAGAUAACUGGACGUAGUUUAAGCGAGUGCCUUGACGAGUGCCUUCGACAGACCAGCUUUCAAUGCCGCAGCGCUGUCUAUUCUGAACAUUAUCACACAUGUCGAUUGAGCCGAUUUAAUCAGCGUGACGGACACAGAAUCAUCUACGAUGCAGAUUACGAUUAUUACGAGAAUCUCAUGCACCAAUAUUUGGAUGGCGACCGAGACAGUCCAGGAUAUAGACCAGAUCCUUUGGGGCAGGACACGAAUUUUGGCCGACCUUCUCUUGGAAGACCUGGUUACCCAGAGGAUUAUGAUAAAGGAUACAGCAGCAGCGUGAAACCGGAUCGAUAUCCAGAUCGUUACCCAGAUCGUCACCCAGAUCGUUAUCCAGAUCGAUAUCCAGAUCGAUACCCAGAUCGUUACCCAGAUCGUUACCCCGACAGAUACCCAGAUAGAUAUCCUGAUAAAUAUCCUGAUAAAUAUCCCGAUAAAUAUCCCGAUAAAUAUCCAGAUAAAUAUCCCGACAAGUACCCCGAUAAAUAUCCAGAUCGUUAUCCCGAGAAAUUCCCAAAUCGGUAUCCCGAUCGUUAUCCAGUAGAUCGAUAUCCCGACAGAUAUCCACUGAAUGGACAGUACCCUAUUGGAGCUGCAGGGGAUACAUUUCCUGAUCCUAUAGAUCGAUAUCCCAUCAGUGAUCGUUAUCCUAUUAGUGAUCGUUAUCCAAUAGUAGAUCGAUACCCGUCUUCGGAAAGGUUUCCAAUUUCUGAUCGAUUUCCAAUCAGGGGUGGCGAUCGUCGUCCUAUCCAUCCCGACCGGUAUCCUAUUCCUGACCCUGGAAUAGACAGAUAUCCAACAAGUGGCAGUAGAUAUCCAACUGGAAUCGGUAAUCGAUAUCCGAUAUCUCCAAGUCGCUACCCUAGCGAUAGUGACCGAUACCCUAACUCCAUAGACCGAUAUCCUAUUCCCGAAGAUCCCUUGGAUCGCUAUCCAUCCGGGUUAGCAGGUGCCAGGCCUCAUGUGGAUCGGUAUCCUAUCAGUGAAAGAUUCCCUGAGAAGGAUGUAUAUCCAAAUCGGUUCCCACCCUCGUCCCACGGAGGCUACUCUCCAACCUACUCCGUGGACGAUGUCUACGGCCCCCAGACUCACCCUGACCGCAACCACUACGGUACAGCAGGACCCACCCGUCCUUUAGGGUACGGUGGUUAUAACAACGAGGGAGGAAUAAUCGGUGGUGGCUACAUAGGCGAAGGUGGAGUGUACAAUACACGACCUUUCGGAACUAGCGGUGGCCCUAUUAUUGGUCGGCCGCCUCUGGUGUCCAGAUGCGACGAGCAGGAUAACUUCCGACAAGUGGGACCCCAUACAAGGGUCCGCAAACCGUUCGUCAGGCGAUAUACAACAGCCUCCUCUUUGGCCCAGUGUGAGAGAGAGUGUGCCGACGCUAGGGACUUCGUGUGCAGAUCGUUCAAUUACCGUCCCUAUGCAGCUCCAUAUGGCGCUGAAAGGGAUAACUGCGAGUUGAGCGAUCGCGACUCCAGGGAUAUGGACAUGGGCAAUCCCGUGUACUAUGAUACAGGCUCCGAUUACGACUUCUACGAGAGGAAUAACGGCAGACAGGGCGCUGACGCGGAGUGUCUCGACGUGAGUCAAGUGUGUAGCGAGGACGGGAUGGAAUUUACUUUAAGGACACCGGAAGGAUUCAUUGGCCGGAUUUACACUUAUGGCUAUUACGAUCGCUGCUUCUUCCGCGGAAACGGGGGAACCGUGAACGUCCUUCGAAUAAGUGGUCCCCAGGGUUAUCCCGAAUGCGGCACUCAAAGAUAUGGCGACACAAUGACGAACAUCGUCGUGGUACAAUUCUCGGACUACGUGCAAACAGGAAGGGACAAACGCUUCAAUCUCACCUGCCUAUUUCGAGGCCCUGGCGAAGCUGUCGUCACAUCCGGCUACAUCGGUGCCGGGUAUGCCAGAUCAGGGUCUCCAAUCCCUAUCGAAUAUCUCCCAGCGGAAAACACCCUAAGUUCUCGGGUACGUUUGAUGAUUCUGUACCAGGGUAGACCUACGACGACCAUCGCUGUUGGUGAUCCACUUACUUUUAGAUUGGAAGCUCAGGAUGGGUACAAUUAUGUAACUGACAUCUUUGCUACCAAUGUGAUAGCAAGAGAUCCAUACUCUGGAAGAAGCGUUCAACUUAUAGACAGAUAUGGUUGCCCAGUGGACAAUUACGUGUUCCCCGGAUUAGACCGUUUGCGAGAUGGAGACAGCCUUGAAGCACGUUUUAACGCUUUCAAAAUCCCCGAAUCGAAUUUCUUGGUAUUCGAAGCAACCGUGCGAACAUGUAGAGAUGGUUGUCAGCCGGCUUACUGCUCCGGCGGUACCGGAAGAAGCGAGCCAUCCUUUGGAAGGCGGCGAAGAGACGUGUCACAGAAUGACACGAUCGUCGAUGAAAAUGAAAUAAGCACGAUAACUGAGAACAACAUAAACGACACGUCCUCCGUGUCGAAUUCAACGGUUAUCGAAGACAAUAACAACGCAGAAAAUCAAGAAGAAGAAGAAGAAGAAGAAGAACACGUGAGAGAAAUGAUUGAGGUCUUGGACUCGAGAAUGGAUAUCGAUGAAGAAACCAUGGUUGAAAGACAAACUACUAUAAUGGAGAAUGUAUGCAUUACUCCAAACGAGUACUAUGGCCUCGUAACAGCAGUGGCGGUGUUAGUGGUACUUCUAGCAUCCGUGGUUCUGUUAUCCAUGCUGAUUUACAGGAAAUACGCUUACACCGUUAUCACGAAGAACCGCAGAGUUGAUAAAGCGUGUAAUCGAAGCAGUCAUUCCGAUGAUGCUUACAGUAGUCGCGCUAACAAUUUCUCUUUCUUGAGAACGGGUCUUCAGAAACCUUUUCAGUCAACUUCGAUCUCCCGAUCGAUGAGCAACGUGAUCGGUCAACGAGUGAGCUCAUCAUCGACCGCCCUGGAGGGCGCUGUGGGAUUAUCAUCCAGUAGAAGAACCGGAUUUGACCCGAGCGAACCGAUCUACACCGAUCCAUCACUGUUCGAAGUUGCUCGUUGCUCGUCCCCGAAACCUGCCCUCAAUGAUAACUUCCAUCUGAUGUGA